AUGGACACCUGGAGGAUCCGGGUCCUGACGGCGCUGUGCUUCCUGCGGCCCCUCCGAGGUGAUGCUCAUCUUCCCCCUCCUCAAAAUGUUACGCUGUUAUCAAAGGAUUUUGAUAUGAUUUUGACGUGGAUGCCAGGAGAAGGAUCCCCGCCAGACGUGACGUACACAGUGAGAUGUGAGAGCCAGGAUCGCAUGGGCAAAUGGAUAAAGGUCCCUCAUUGCAAAAAUAUUCCCAGCACUUCUUGCAACCUGACCUGCGCACUUCCAGACUUCUUCAUUAAAUUCCGGGCUCGAGUCAAAGCCAUUUCCAGAGGGCUCCAGUCGCGAUGGGUAGAAUCGGAAUUCAAGGAAUACCACCUGGAUGUGGAGCUGGGUCCCCCGGUGCUGGCUGUGCGCAUAAAGGAGACCUUCAUCCUUGUGAACGUCUCCUUCCCUGUGGCCGCCUGCGUGGAGAGUUUCCACUGGAUGUACGACUUGGACCUUUGGGAAGCUGGAUCUGGAAAGAAGAAGCGAUACGAAAGUAUUUUUAGGAAGAAACCGAUGAAACUCGACACGACCGCGCUCAGCGGCAACUACUGCCUGAGCGCCAGGUCCUCCUUCCAGAGCAUUGACUUCAAGCACAGCGAGUUCUCCGAUUUCUCCCAUUUCCCAGCUGCUGGAACAGCCUUUCACUGCGAGCUCAGGGAGCAGGAGUUCUCCAAGGACUAUCUGAUGUGCACAGAGAUGCCAGGGCCACAAGGGAACAACACCAGCACGACGGCAAGGAACAACCUGCCGUGGAGGGUUUCUUUCCUCUCAUCGUCAUCAGAAGAGGAUGAGGAGGACGAGGAAGAAGACAGUGGUACUUUCAUCCCAUACACUAAAAUGUCUAAGUUCCCAAGGAAAAGUCUCAACCAGCAGCUGCCCAGAACAGCUCGGGGGGAAACCAGCUCGGACUCUAGAUCUGGAGGACUCUGUGUGGAUGGUGGAUCUGUGCUUGACCUGAGGACCUUGGGUUUCCCUUUCUAUCCACCGGGAAAGAAGGAGGUGUACAUCUCUGGAUCCCAAGGAAGCACCAACACAUCCCUUUUUGGCAGUCCCUCUUUGGGAAGUGUGUGCCUCGAUGAUGGGAGGCAUCCAGAUCCCAGGGGACAAGGACACAGUGACACAGACAGGGAUGAACGUGUGGAAAUGACCCCUCCGCAAACGCCGGAGGAGGAACUCAGGGUCCAACCUCAGCUUGCUGAGCAGUUCCUGCAUGGGAAGGAUCAACAUUUCACCAGGUCCCACCAGAAGCAAAGGGCUGGUGGGGAUCUCCUGGUCACAAAGUACUCGCAGCUCAGUGAGGGUCCAAACAAGGAGCAGCUCAUUUGCUUUCAGACAUUGCAGGUGGCAGAAGAUGAGGGUAUUGCAAGUGACUGUGACAGCGAUAAUUUUAUGGAAGGGACACCUCCUGCAUCCACUGUGCUAAGCGAUGCAUUUGGAACUUCAGAUAUGGAGGAAAACUGUGGUCAAAAGUUUAAAUUCAAAGGCUGUGAGCACACGCAUUACAUGGCAAGGAGCUAG